UCAUACAUUUUCGCAUUCGCGGGAAAUUUCAAAAUAGAGAUACAUGUGGAAUAACAUUCAGAAAAAGUCAGAAAUAUAACUAAGUCUUAGUCCGGGAAUUUCAGGAAUGCAACUUCAUUGAAUAUAGAAACGUUCAUAUAGCAACCAGCCACAAUGUCAUGGGAUGAUGUUGAGAUUGACUUCGGUGGUGAUGAAACUGCCAAUUUUGGACCUCGUCAAGAAUCAGGGAGUGCAUUGUACCAAGUGGACACAUUGGCAACAAUCGGUUCCAGAGGGGAAAUUGUGAAGAACCCACAUUUAUUUGCUAGCAGUUCUCAAGAAGGAUUCUGUGUUGCUGCUGAUGGCCAAUUGUCACUUUUUGAUGAUUCAUGUCAUAAAUUCCUUGUCACUUUAAGCUUUGAAACCACUGUUGAUGCUGUUGCCUGGAGUGAUGAUAGCAAAUUUUUGGUUGUUGCUGAAAGCAGCGGAGUAAUUCACUUUGUUGAUACAGGAAUUCAACGUACUCUUUUCUCACAGAGAUUGGUGUCCAAAGGGGAAUACGACGAUAGUCCAUCCUUCAGACGUCUGAUUUUCUCAUCAAAAGGUCACAUUAAUACUUGUGAGUUACUUGUUCUCGCUUGUAAUGGCACACUCUUCAGGUUCAGCAACAUCAGUUUGUCCAAGUUGAAUGAGGCUAUUGAACAAGGCAAUGUGGUUUUGGCAAAACAAAUUCAGUCGAGCAUACAGAUGGAAGUAAUUGACACGUUAGCCGUCCAUACCGAGGGCACCGCUUAUUUUUGCACGGCCACACUCGGUCGCAAGAUGUUGAUUGUCACUUGCGGAUCAGGAGAUUCUAUUGUUGGGGUGUGGAGUAAAUACAACAAAUCCACUAAACUGAGUAAAGAACUAGGAGGAGCAAUGUUUGAAGAUUGUCACAUUCAAAGAUGUCAAGUCUGUCCAAGCAGCAAUUACCUACUACUGCUUGAUGACCAAUCUGCACUUAGUGUGUGGGAUUUGAAGAGCUUGCUUCUUCUUAAGCUCUGGAGCGAUGUAAAGGUGGAUGAAUUCCUCCUAAUGAGUGGUACCAUGAUGCAGUCAACCUCCUCAAGUGGUCAGCAAGUUGAUACCAGGUUGGUUUUAAUGUCCUCACCUGGACAUAAUGGACACCGUAGCCUUGAAGUAUACAUCCUAUCAUCUUUUAAACUGAUCUAUAAGCUUCAAGUCAGUCAGCAUUCAUUCUUAUCAGAGGCCCUUUAUACUCAGGAAAUGAUCUUUCUGAUAGAAGGUGCCAGUGAACGAGAUGAAGACACCGUAAGCUCGUUGAGAGUACGUUGCUUGACGGAAGCCUUGCCCGAGACCAGAUUCCAACGGUUGCUGCACAAGCACAAAUUUGAAGAAGCUGAGAAAUUUGCAAGACUUUUCAACCUGGAUGUUGAACUUGUAUUAAAGGUGAAAGCCACAACCUUACUUGAAAAAGUAGCCCCUUGGAAUGCAACACUCCUUGAAGAUGCCCAGGUGGUCUACGAUGAACUUCUCAACUGUCUUGGCAUGAUCCCAGAUGAAGCAUUUGUUGUGCAGCAGUGUAUUGAAGCUACUUUUCCAUCCUUUGACGCCACUUACAGACUCUUAGAUUAUGCAAGAAAUAGGCUGAACAGCAUAACAGGAACCAUUGUAUCUUCAGAAGAUGAGAAAGCCUCUAAACCAAUUUUGAUGACAAAGAUCACAGAGGCAUUGCAUCGGCUCUGUACAUUCAAAAUAGCCUAUGGGAGCGAGUCAUUCAGUGGUGUUGGAUGGGACAAGUUCAGAAAAGCUGAUAUUUUUGAUCAGAUACUAAAGCACCUAACAAAAGCUGAAAUCCCAACAGCAGUCAAGCUUUGGACCCGGCAUCAGUCUGACUUUGAGAGUACAAUAGAAGAGGAACAGCUCAAUGUCAUGAUGCUAUCUAUACCUGAAAACACCCCUUCGGCAGAGGUGAUACCAUGGUUACGAGAGGAUCUCAUUCCUUUUGUUCUCUACAAAUUUCCUCAAGGACAGAAAUGUAUUGCCACAUGGCUGCAAGAAAAAGCCAUUAAUAUGGAAAUUUCAGAAAAGGCUGGUUGGCCAGCAAAUGCAUUGGAAGUUGCAGAUCUGUUCUUCUCGGCCAAUCAAAAUGGCUGUUUUAUAGAUGAUGGUAGAGGUUUGUACACAGCUGCUCAAUUCUCAACACAGGUCUGCAAUUUAUCGUUGGGUGGAUUUUCCAAAACCAUCAAAGAUAAAGAGGGUGUGAACAUGUCCGUAGAAGCACUAACACAUUUGAAAGAGCUUGCUCAGAAUCUACGUGAGUUGUGUAAACUUCACACAAAGUACCGUUGUAAACUUACACUACAGGAUUAUCUGAAGGAGACUACCAACAGCCUGGCGUAUCGCAUGCUUGACCGAGUAAAGGUGGCCAACCUUGUUCAGCACAUGCUUGACACGGUUGUGCGACAGUACAUGCGGGAAAACAACCUACCUGAAGAUCAGAUUCUUCUACAGUACAUUGAGGACUUGAUUGAACGUUAUGGCAAGCAGUUCACUUACACAUACGAGGCAUUGUGGCUUGAGAAAGCUAUUGCAGUGGUGGAAUGCAUCAGUGAUGUUGAGCUUAAGUGCACUGCAAUAUUUUUGCUGAUGAACAGUGUAUCAUUUCCCUGGAAUGAUGCAAUGAGCAGCCUGGUUCAGGUUGGCCUAGCUCUACAACACCCAAAGGUGAGCCAACUAAAAGAGAAGCACCUCCUACUAAAGCUGAAGGGAAUGCUCAUCAAAUAUGGCCUCAACAAAUAUGAUGUCAACAACUCCGGCCAGGCUCAGGAUGUUGUAAAUUUCAUUCUACUGAAAGAUACGGACACAGCGAUAGAGGAUGCUCUUGAGGUUGUCAAAGCGUAUUAUCACCUUAAAGAAGAGUUUGUGUACAUGUUCCGACUACGAUACCUGAUAACCAAUGACAGGAUUGAAGAAGUUAUUCCGUUACUAAAAACUUUGGAACCAGAUAUAGCCACACAUUGUUGUAGAAAGAUUUUAACUUGGACUUUGGUACGUCUUGACCAACCGCAAGAAUAUUUACUGGAUGAAGAGGAUAAGCGAGAACAAGUUUUAGUGACAGAAGCUUGUAUAGAAACAGUAAAUUACCUAAUGACCUUUGACCUGGAACCAAUAGAGUGUGAAUAUCUUGAGGAACUUGUCAAGAAUCUAGUUAAAAUUCUUGCCUUACAGGUUGAAUACCAAGUAUUUAUUUCAAUGGAAAAUUAUCAGAAUGAACAAAUAAGAAGAGACGUUCUUACAAAACAUGUUGUGAAGUUUUACAUGGGGAAUGAGACUGUUGCAUCUAUCAAAAUGAGUAAAUUUUCAGGUGAGAAAGAAGCAUCAUCUGGAGAAAGCUUAAGCUUCAAUAAAAUUCUCAGGUUAAGUGACCUACUGAAAGUUUCUAGGUCAGAGUUGAAAGGUCAACUAGCAAUAAGAGGAGCUGAGAGUGGGGAGAUUCAGUCUGUACUUCGCCUUUGCAGUGAACUUUCAGAAUAUUGUGUUGAUGCCAAGGUGGCAAAAUCUCUGUACAUUAUCUGUCACAUACUCUGCAAACUGUUAGCCACCGAACACCAAGCUAUCUUCGGCCCAGGAAAGGCGGGUAUUCCAGAUGAUUUGCCGGUGGAGAUACACAGACUGGCAAAUAUCGCCCUCACACAUUGUGAUGAAGAUCUGUUGCCAGAUUGUUUGGUCCUUUGUAAACACACCUCUCUUGCAAAGGUGGUCUACAAGCAGUGUGAACACGGCCAUUAUGGUGUUUCUAUCCAGAAAUUGGCAGGAUCGAUGAAGACGGACCCAUACACUCAUUGGUCGUAUAAUAAUUUCUUCAAAGAGGAUGGACUAGUCCUUGAUGCGAAUUUUGCUGUUCCAUUGACGCACAAGCUGACAAUGGCCUCUCUUCCCAGAAUCCUCCCUGAUCUAUGCUCAUAUCAGCAAUCAUCAUUCAUACAUACAACUGUCAGAGAUGAAGAUGCUCAAGGUCUGCUAAGAUUGAGCCAGGCAUCCAUGAACCUUGUGGAGCACUUAAAGGAGAACAACAUGUUUGAGCUUGCCUUCCACGUACUCAUUGAAACAUUGAUGUCAGGGGUCAUGUACAUAGCUGUCAACACAAGUGGUUAUGACAUCACAGAUCAGGGUUUGCUCAAGUGUAUUGACAAUGCUAAGAAGUCUGUGAUCCAGCUUGGCACGGUUGGUCUGGAGAUGAUAUCUGCUGUUGAAUCCACACUACUCGAAAAGAUGUUUGGAUGUCGAUACGUGGACCUUUACUUAGCUCUUAGCUGUCUGUCUGUCCUCCCAAAACAAUCCGCUCUCCUUAAGUUGAAGACCUUGACAGCAAAUGCUGGACAGAGCUAUAAGAAAGUUAUGGCAAUUGCAAAGGUUGGUUGUGAAUAUGCAAAACUUAGUGGUGAGAACAAAGUGUUGGCAUUGUGUCAAGAAUUGGAGACCAAUGCCACAUGGGGCUAUAGGUUGAGUAAAUUGAAGAUAUCAUUCAAAGAUGCCUUCACAAGCAAAGAAGCAUCAGACAAGAUGGAUGUACUCCCACUUCUUAUUGACAAUCCAGGUGUUGACAUCAACAUGAUUAAAGAGUACUGCAGUGCUUUUAAUUUGGAGGAAGAUGACACCUUGUUGAUGUACCUUGAGGCAGUACUACUUUCACCUUCUACCUCAUCAAAACCAUUUGAUGAAGUGCUUGUAACAAAUCUGACAAUGGAGAUAAAUAAUCAAAUUCUCUUAGUAAAUAGACUCUUUAAAGUCCUGAGAAAGAUUGAAUCUUAUGAUUAUAACCGUUUGACCUUUGUCCUACGUAUCAUCCUAAGCAAAGGUUAUGUUGAUCAUCCUGAAAUGCCAACAGCUAAACUGGGUCUUCAACUGCUUGAUUACUUGGUGAUGUACACCCGCUGUAAGCCACCUGGUCCAUUUGAGGUGGAGUUCCGGUGUAAUACGGAAGAAGACAAGCUGGUUGUUACUGCGGAGAGUCUAUCACCGCUGUCGUCCGAGCGUUUACCUUAUCAUCCUCUUGUCAGUGGUAGCUAUUGGAAAAUAUUAGCUCGGGAAUUGAAUGAAGAAACGGUUCCAAAGCUUACACCAAUUGCUCAACUUCUGAAUCUUAACAUGGAUGAGCUUUACGUCACUGCAAUCCAGAACGUUUUGAAAAAGCACAAGGAACCAUACAGCGCCCUCUAUGCAAGCAAAAGUAACACGGGAAAACUAAACAUGAAGGCACUGGAAGGUAUCAAGACUUUGUUGAUGAGCAUCACCGACCCUCCUAUGGCUGUAGCGUCAGCACGACUUGUAGCGCAGGAGUUACCACAAGGUCCAGAAAAGGUUCUUGCACUCCGUUUCUGUGUACUGCUUGCGUUAAGAUGGAAGGAAAGCUGUGCUGAUAAGACUCCAGAGAAAGAGAAGUCCACCUCAAUGCAUAAGAAGCUAGCUGAGGUCCAUAGCUGCCUAGCCACCGAGCAAGUCCUACAAAAGUAUGGCCUAGCAGAUAAAGAGUACCAGACAAUGGUGCAUACGCCAGCUAGGCUAAUCUUCAAACUGUAUGAGCAUCCCAUGAUUGAGAAGAAAAUGGCUGGAGAAUUAGAAGGCUUGCCAGACAUUCACAAAGCAGUCGAUGAGAUUGCGAAAAUUAACAACAGCAACAUCAACAAGAUUCGACAUACGUUGACAGAGAAAUGGCUCCUGUAUACGCCUACCAAACAGUUGGAGGACGAAACGAUUAAUUUCUCCUUUAAUUCUUUCAACCUCAUCAAAGAAGUUAAAAUCAGUGAAGAGGAGAGAAGUUUAAGAAGAGUGAUGUAUAUUCUGCAGUACAGUCAGAUGGAGAACAGCGCCCUCUUUCUUCUUUCCUAUGCUUUUAAGGAAUCGUCUGCCAAGGUGAGCUUUGCUUGUCGUGUUCGUGCCCUACGCUGUCUGUUCAGUUUAAUCAACCGAGAUGAGAUAGAGAAGGUUUCAUUAAAACCUGUUGAUGACAUUAGAGAAUACAUGCAGAAUCUGUUAUAUCUAAAUGAUCUGCAGUCAAUAAAUGCUGGUUUGAACAUGUCGUCAUUCAUCUCCUCCAACAAAGACGGUCUAGUCCGCGGCUUAUGGCGUAACCAUGCCCACGAACCAAAGGCACUGCGCUUGAUAUCCGAUCUCUGCUUCGACUAUGAAAUCUACGACCCCAACCUCUGGAAUAGUAUUUUGCAACAGCUGUAUAAAUUCAGUAUGUUGGACUACUUGCAACAUGUGUUGGUAACUUUGUCAGCAAUCCCUUGCUUGUGGCAGAUUCGAUGUUUACCCCAGAUGUGGAGGAGCAUUAUCACAAGACCAUUCUCAACAGUUUCUCCACCUCUGACAGCAGAGCAGGAGCUGGCAUGCCAUCAGGCCUAUGUUUUGCUACAAAGGUGUCCUCUGCUGUUGGAUAUGGACCAGUUAAACUUCUCACGUCAGUUCCUACAGGUUGAGAUGUAUGCUCAUGGCCUUGGUUGUUUGCUGCUGAUUCCGCAAACGGAGAAACGGAAUAAACAACUACAAAGUAUGCUGAGAUCUAAAUGUCAUGUGACCAUAUUAGAUCAGGUGAAAGCCUACCAGGUGAACAAGAAGGUGCUGCCACAGGCUCAGCAGAUUCAAUCUGCUGUGUUUAUUAACGUGGAUGAAGAAGGCAUGUAUGACGAUCUAGCCAACUCCAGUCACUACCAAUCAAUGGCUUUGUUUCUCAUUAAUAAUCAGAGAAUGGAGAAAGUUACCAAAUAUUUACUUCAAAAUGACAGGAUGGACGAUGCCACUCAGCUUGUCAGCAAUUAUCUUCGGCGUCAUCCAAACGCAGAUGUAGCAAAGCAAACACAGAAUCACUCUCACCUACAGAAACUAAAGGUUUUCCUCGAGUCUCAUAAUCUUGAAGGUUAUGCUGCCAAAGUUGAUGCUAGACUGAAGAAACAGAAGCUCGAGAAUGGAUUGUAAAAAAGCGAAGCUCAUUUAAGGAAGGGGAAGGUGAGGGGUAAGGAGAAGUUGAGGGAUAAUCUGGAAAAAGAAAGGACAGGGGAAGCAGAGAAUAUCUUGACAUUCAGGGAUCUAUAUUGGUUCAAAUAUUUGUAAGAAUGUUGAUGUUUACUCUUAACCUCAUGUAUUUGUAAUAUAAAAAAAUUACAUUUUUCUAGUACAAUAAUUCCAGAACAUCACAACAAAAUACUAUAAUAAUUAUUAUAUACAAAUUUAUUUCUGUACAAAAUAAAAUAUGUUACAAUAGCAAUCAGAACUAUAUUUGUAUGUUAUUAACAAAUACUUUACAUGAAAACAAAAAUUAUAAAAAUUUAUUUUUUGUUGUAGAAAGUAUGUCCUAGCACACUUUCAUCGGCUAUUCAUAAAUAAUUCAGGCACAUCGUAGAAAGGGAGAUUCAUACGAGCUUGGUCUUAUAAUAUAAAUUUUUGAUCAAAAAUAUUAUGUAAAAUUAUUGCUUCUUGGUUUUUACACUUUGGGCUACUGUAGGUAACAGAGUAAUUGAUAAGCUUUGGAUAAAAUAGUUUCCAUCAUCUAUGGAUGCUACUAUUUCAAUCUUGUUAUAAUCCCUAGAAUUUACUCUUGUUAACAUAUUCAGGUGUUUAUUAAAGCACACUGUAGUAUAUAUGGGUGUACAGUUAAACAUGUCUGAAGUCAACUUUGCCAAACAUGAAUAAUUUCUAAGUCGAUCUUACUGUGUUUUCUAAUAAUUAACGCUCUGUAAGGUUUUAUCUAAGUCUAACAACUUUUCAGUUCCAUUUUGGAUUACACUUUAGGCAAAUUCAACUGUAUUCAUCUGAACAUCUCAUCUCCAUGUUUGAUCAAAAACAUUAUUUUAAACUAUAGAUGCUUUGGGUGUGUUUACACAAUGGGCUAUAUAAUAAAUUAUUGAUAAGCUUUGGCAUAUA